UGAUGUUCUUUGCAUGCAUGACGAGCCGCCAUUUCUGUUUAGAGGCAUUUUGACUGGCAGUGACAAAAAGCCCUCCCAGAUUGGCAUAAGUGUGGACAUUGUUUACGUUUAGGAUUUGUUUAUUAUCCAAACAAAGGCAUUGUAGGAAUUAGUGCUAAGUGUUUAAUGACUUAACAUAGACAUAAAUGGAUUAUUAAGGUCGGAUAAAACAUACUGUGAAAUAAUGGACGACCAGCAAAGAAUGAUGCAUAACCAGGGACAAAUGGCGAACACUAAUGUGCUUAAUCAGUAUGGGAUUCCUCAACAGGGAGACGAUCCCUCAGACCAGAGGAAACAAGAAAUUGGCGAUAUUCUUCAACAGAUAAUGACAAUAACAGACCAAAGCCUUGACGAAGCACAAGCAAGGUGCCGGAAACACACAUUGAACUGUCACAGAAUGAAACCGGCAUUAUUUAGUGUAUUAUGUGAAAUCAAAGAAAAAACAGUUCUCAGUAUUAGAAAUUCACAAGAAGAAGAACCACCAGAUCCUCAGUUGAUGCGAUUAGAUAAUAUGUUAAUAGCUGAAGGAGUGGCCGGUCCAGAGAAAGGAGGGGGCUCCUCAGCAGCAGCCAAUGCCACAGCAGCUGCCUCAGGUGGCCAGCCAGAUAGUGCUAUAGAACACUCAGACUACAGGGCCAAACUGGCACAGAUCCGUCAAAUUUAUCAUACAGAACUAGACAAAUAUGAACAAGAUGGAUCGGAAAUCAAAAAUUCAGACUAUGAAGCGAAACUAGCACAGAUUCGGCAGGUCUACCAAACAGAAUAUGGAAAAUAUGAACAGGCCUGUAAUGAAUUUACUACGCAUGUUGUCAACCUGUUAAGGGAACAAAGUCGAACAAGACCAAUAGCUCCAAAAGAAAUAGAGAGAAUGGUUGGAAUAAUUCGUAAGAAAUUUGCUGCUAUAGAAAUGCAGCUGAAACAGAGUACAUGUGAAGCUGUUAUGAUUUUAAGGUCCAGAUUUUUAGAUGCCAGACGAAAGAGAAGAAAUUUUAGCAAACAAGCAACAGAAGUGCUAAAUGAAUAUUUUUAUUCUCAUUUGAGUAAUCCUUACCCUAGUGAGGAGGCCAAAGAAGAAUUGGCUAGAAAAUGUCAGAUAACAGUAUCUCAGGUCUCAAAUUGGUUUGGUAAUAAAAGAAUUAGAUACAAGAAGAAUAUAGGUAAAGCCCAAGAAGAGGCAAAUAUGUAUGCUGCAAAGACGGCUGCUGCUGCUGCAGCUAAUGUUGGUGGCCAUGAUGGUCAAGGUGCAGCAGGUUACAACCUUGGUUCAUCGCAGUCUGGAAUGGGAGGGGGUGGAAUGUAUAUGAAUCUUAAUGGCGAUAAUUACCAAAGUAGUGAUAACUCGGUGAAUACGUUACGGCAUGUCAUGCCUCAGUCGGCAGGCUACAGUAACGACAGCAUGCAUAAUUCCUACGACCAGCCACAGGUUUCACAGCUACAGUAAACAAGACUAUUCUGGCUACCUGGAGAAGAUUUUAUCAUGUCAUUCAUAUUUUGAUAUAAAAAUAGCAUAUUUUGUUGUUUGCUGAGAGGGUGCUGUAAUUGCUAUUAAAGGGAAUUGUGCCAAUGUGAUUUCAUAAUUAAGAGGGACCAUUCAUUGGCUUAUGUCUCCAAGAUCUGAUACAACUGCUAUUUAAAACAUUAGUUUACAUGUGAUUGAACUGAAUUCAAUCUUAAUGAGUCAUUGGGUAAUAUCAAAUUUUGUCAGCUUAUGAAUCAAAAAUAGUUUUUAAUUUGGAACAAUUACAGAAAGUUUUGACUGACAUAUGUGAUGUGGUAUAGAUUUGUCUGGAUUUUUUUUUGAAAGAUAUAAACUUUUGUUCCAAUUUUUUCCUUAGGCAUCUGUCUCACCCACUAGGAUAUACCUAUGAAGCCACUGGAAUAUUGUACCCAACAAUUUCUGUCUAUGUAAAUAUGCACAAAUGAACUUUAAAGUAAUUGGUUAUAUCUUUAAAGCAGUGUAUUUAAGUAUGUUUGUCAUUAGUUUUGUCAAUUGCUGGCUAGUUUGGUGUUUUUAUACAACCACAAAAGGGGGCAUUAAGUUUUACCCUUGUCUGUCUGUACGUCCCUACAUCCAUAUGUCCCAAAAUUUGUUUCCUUUCUCUAACUUUAGUUUCCCUCAACCAAAUGCUAUGAAACUUAUACACAAUGCUUAUUACCAAAAAAACACAGGUCAAGUUUGAAUUUGGGUGGCAUCACUUUUACCUUUCAAGAGUUAUGCCCCUUUACAAAUGGAAAAAUUGCUGAAUUUUUUGUUUCUGUUCUCUAACUUAAGUUUGCCUUAAGCAAAUGUUAUGAAUCUCAUACACAAUGCUUAUUACCACAAAACACAGAUCAAGGAUGAAUUUUAGCAGUCAUAUCAAGCUGCGCCCUGCGGAGCAUUUACUUUAUUAAGUAACACUACUGAUAUAAUACCAGCUUGAUUGGCAAAUGUCAUGAUCAACAAACAAUUAGAUACACAUGUGGACUUUUAAAUUUGAAUGUCCUGUCUUUUAAGCCAAUAUUAGUUGAACAAAUUACCUUACAUUUCAUAGUUUAGUAGACAAAAUUUUAUUACACAACUCUACACAAUUCUUGAUCUCAAGAGAUCAGUUAGAUAUUUGAUAUAUAGAAAUGAUAACUUAUGAAUUUUGAUAUACAAACAUAAAAUUAUUCUGUAAAUAAUGUCAAAAGACGAAUGAUGAAUAUAAUGCCCUUAAAAUCAACCAAUUACAGGUAAAUUUUUGGAGACAGUUUAUCUAUUGUCUAGACUCAUUCCCAGGAUUUAAGCUGAGGAACUACAAAAAUAAACUUCGUGACUGCUAGCAUUGGCACACAUUUAACACAUUUUGUCUCUGAAAAAAAUUGCUUAUCUUUCUAUAUAACUUAAGUAAUGCAACUAUAUGCAGUAGUGCUAUAUCAAGCUUUUUUGUCCACCAUCCUCAAUGGAAGACUAAAAUAUGAUUGAUAGUAAGAAAUCAAAGAGAGUGCUAAAUCUUUUUAAUGUGAUGCAUCAAACUUGACACAAUUCUCACAGGGUGGACUUCUGGAAAAAUAACAACUGAGAUGAACAUUUUCAAACUGAAUAAUGAAUGACUAUUGUAAGAUAUUUCAAAGCCUAGAGAUCCUAUAGAAGAAGAAGGUCAUAAGCAAAUGGUAUCAACUUUUUUGUUUGCAUCUUACAUCAAAGUAAAAAUCGGGUCAGACCAGGAAAUAUGGUACAUGUAUCACAGAAAAAAAAACUAAAAAAAGAAUAGGUAGAUUUUAUGCUACAGAUUUAUAUUGGGUUUUAGCAAUAAUCUUUAAUGUUGCAUAUAUUCAUAGCAAUUUUAAGGCAAAAAUCCAGGUUUAGAUAGAGUUUAAACUGUCAUUCAAAUUAAAUAGAUAAAAGUUGUAAGGUUGAGGUCUGUUUACUGAUGGCCCCAUUUAAAGGACAAUUGUAGUCAUGUAAUGUAGACAAGGCAGAUCAGUUCCUUGAUUGACAUUUCAGUGUAUAGGAGGUAGCUCAUGUGUGGAACAAAUUAGCUAUUUAUAGUGCUUCAGAGACAUUUUUGUCGAGCCUUCGACUUUAGUCGAAAAAGCGAGACAUAGCGAUCCUACAUUCCGUCGGCGUCGUCGUUGUAGUCGGCGGCGUCCACAAAUAUUCACUCUGUGGUUAAAGUUUUUGAAAUUUUAAUAACUUUCUUAAACUAUCCUGGAUUUCUACCAAACUUGGACAGAAGCUUGUUUAUGAUCAUAAGAUAGUAUCCAGAAGUAAAUUUUGUAAAAAUAAAAUUCCAUUUUUUCCGUAUUUUACUUAUAAAUGGACUUCGUUUUUCUGCCGGGAAAUAUUACAUUCACUCUGUGGUUAAAGUUUUUAAAAUUUUAAUAACUUUCUUAAACUAUCCUGGGUUUCUACCAAACUUGGACAGAAGCUUGUUUAUGAUCAUAAGAUAGUAUAUAGAAGUAAAUUUGGUAAAAAAAAAAAAAACAUUUUUUCCUUAUUUUACUUUUAAAUGGACUUAGAUUUUCUGCCAGGAAACAACACAUUCACUCUGUGGUUAAAGUUUUUAAAAUUUUAAUAACUUUCUUAUACUAUUUUGGAUUUGUACCAAACUUGGACAGAAGCUUGUUUAUGAUCAAAAGCUAGUAUCUAGAAGGAAAUUUUGUAAAAAAAUAAAUCCAUUUUUUCCGUAUUUUACUUUUAAAUGGACUUAGAUUUUCUGCCAGGAAACAACACAUUCACUCUGUGGUUAAAGUUUUUAAAAUUUUAAUAACUUUCUUAUACUAUUUUGGAUUUGUACCAAACUUGGACAGAAGCUUGUUUAUGAUCAAAUGCUAGUAUCUAGAAGGAAAUUUUGUUUUCUUCCAGUUAACAUUACAUUCAGUCUGCAGUUAAAGUUUUUAAACAUUUAUUAGAUUCAUAAACUAUCCUGGAUUUUUACCAAACUUGGACAGAAGCUUCUUACAAUCAAAAGAUAGUAUCAAGAGGAAUAUUUUUAUUGAUUUACUUCCUCAUUUUUGUUGAGCCUGUGAUUAACAGAAAAAGUAGGCGAGACACUGGGUUCCGCAGAACCCUUACAAAUUUUUAACCAAUCAAUCUUUUGUUUCUUCCAAUGGUUUAGAAAGAGUUUUUGAUUUUAUUAUAUAGUGAUUAUUUUUUAUUCUUCUGUCCUCCAAGUCAACACUUUAUAUACUUCUUAACCAAUGAAUGGAUUUAACUUUGAGAGAAUCUUGAGUAUUUAAUGGUAUUGAGCUAUUGAUCAGGGUAUGAAUUUUAAGCUCUGCCCAUAUGUUUUGUCGUUUCAUUUAACAUAAUUGUGCCAUAUCAUAUUUAGACAACUUUUCAUAUUACAUCGUCAUUCAUAUUACAUAGAUUUUUACAUCAAAACAUCAACAUAAAUAAUGUGUUCUGAUUUAAUUUUUACAAAUUUUAAUCCUGUGUAUUUUAAAAGAUGGGGCAGAUGAUGUUUUAUUAAUAGAUAAAUAUGUUGUCUGUGUAAACCACACUUUCAUACUGGUUUUAAUAAUUUAACAUGCAUGUUUUGGACUUUAAAAAGUAAUUCUAAUAAUCAAAUUGAACUUUUAACUUGCCAAUAGCAUCUAUUUUGUCAUAGUAGAAAACAUUGAUUGAUGUGUUAUUGCCUUUGAUUAAAUUUUUUUUAUAUAAAGAUAUUUGAACAUUAUGGUACGGUAUUUAAAUUCAUGGUUAAAAUAUAUAGGUGUCUUGGAUUUUAUUUGUCAAUACUUUAAACAUUGUUUCAGCUAUAGGAAGUAGUCUAUUAAUAUAACAUGGUUAAACCAUUAUAUUUAUCAUCAUCAUUUGUUAAUAGAGCACUUAAAUGUGGAUAUAUCAUUGUCAUGUAAAUAUCAAAUAAAAUACACAAAAUCUGGAA